GGAAAUGAAUUUUAAGCAAAUUGAUAUCGAUAAAGCCACGCUCUAUAAAGCAUCCUUCUCCAGAGGUGAAGGGAAGGCCCGAUAUAUUUACAACAGAAUCCCCCUCCAUUCGAAAAGAAGGCUUUCCACACUGCAUCUUGACGAAACCACAUACAUUUUUGUAGGAAAUAACUCAGGUUUCAUGUGGCCACCAUGAGUAGAUUCAGCGACGGAAG